ACUCCAGGGAGCCAGCGGAUUCCCAGCACGGGACCCUUCGUACCGUGAAACCUCUACAGUGACUUUUCUUACCGCCAAUCAGGCCAAAUGAGAAGCAGCUGCUCCACGCGGGUGGCCCGAGAGUCACAAUCCCAAGAUGAAGGCCCACGGAGCACACUCCCUUUUGGUGACAUGUGUUUUGUUAUCGCCGAUUCUUUUGAAACGUGAAGUAAGAGCUGCCGCGAAACCAUCCGGGGAGCCGGCGUCCGACGCCCUGGACAGCGGCGCGUCGAUGUGCCACGAGGGGUUCAUGUCUGUAAAGCUGUCAAAGGCCCAGUACGCGGAUCUGCCUCACACCAUUUAUGUCAAAGACGGACGCGGCGGAUAUUACCAAGCCAUCGCGGUGGCGGAACAGUGCCUCUACUUCUUUGGAGAAGCCGAAAGCUUUACUCUCUUCACCGUCUCAGGCGGCGGAUGCUUUGUGAGGAGAGAAAAGUAUGUGACGCAUCUGACUGUUGUCAUCAUGGCGCUUGCAGACGAGGGAAGCGUUGAAAUUGCCGCGUCGAUGUCGCUCGUCUGUGAAAGGAAACGGGACGACGAGAGCAAAGAUGAUAAUCCACAAAUUUCAACACGUGGAAUCUGCAACAGGGACGGGUUCCACAUCACCAUCCUUCAGAAUGCCACCGUCCCACCUCUGAACCUGGAUGCGGUCUGGAUCCCCUCCGGCCAAAACCACCGACACUGUAGACCCCAAAAAACAGCCGAGGAUGCCGUCACUUUCAGCUUUUCCUUCACGGAUUGUGGUACUCAGUCUGUGAUAGCGGACGGGAUUAUAACCCACUGGGUCGCCGUCGAGGUGAGGCAACAUCGGCAAAAAAGCCUCGUAUUUCAUGACGCUCCUUUCCACCGUACGGUGCAUUGUAGUUUUGCACUGGCUCAGAUUACUCAGCUGGGCAUUGAGGUCCGGGGAGAAGAAUCUGGGAACCCGUCAAGGCGGAAGAGUGAGGGAAAACUGAGGACUGAAAUGAGGUUCGCCAAAGACUCCAAUUACGAGUCGUUCUACUCCUCUCGGGACCCUCAAAUAGUCACUGAGCUCGGCCAGCCCGUGCACGUGGAGGCGUUCGCUCUGAACCGCCAGGACGAGGAUCUGGUGCUGCUGUUGGAGGACUGCUGGGCGACUGCAUCCGAAAACCCUCACGACCGACCGAGAUGGACGCUGCUCGUCAAAGGGUGUCCUUUCAGUGGCGAUGGCCACAGAACUGUUGUGUUGCCAGUUUCCCCCUCGGAACUGAAAUAUCCCUCUCUUCACAAAUGGUUUGUGGUCAAGCUGUUCUCAUUUGAGAAGCCCCCAACAUGGAAAUACCUGGUAUAUUUCCACUGUGAUGUGACGAUCUGUAAAGGACCAGAUUGCCUGCAGUCCUGCAGCAACGGAGAGCGUAGAUUAAGGCGAAUCAAACCGGGACCAGGACGGGAGGUUCACUACAGUCUAGUUUCAGGUGGACCUCUCCUGUAUUUACUGUAAACAAAUCAGAAAAGGGACCACAAUCUCAGUUGAUGUUUGGAAGCACAAUUGUGAACAGUUCAGUCAAUUUCUGUCUGGGAUUUAGAAUAAAAAUAAAUCCAAUUUACUUUAA